AUGACCGGCAAGGCUGUGAGAGCUGAACGUUUACGAGUGUGGACAAGACUCCUUCACGUUGGGCGGCAGCUCACUCCCGACCCGGACGGAGCGACGCUCCACGAACCAGUUGAGAACCAGGAUGUUUUAUCAUCGGGUCAGUCCUCGGGUCCGUCCUCGGGUCAGUCCUCGGGUCAGUCCUCGGGUCCGUCCUCGGGUCAGUCCUCGGGUCAGUCCUCGGGUCCGUCCUCGGCUUCGUUCUCGGGUCAGUCCUCGGGUCCGUCCUCGGGUCAGUCCUCGGCUUCGUUCUCGGGUCCGUCCUCGGGUCAGUCCUCGGGUCCGUCCUCGGGUCCGUCCUCGGGUCCGUCCUCGGGUCAGUCCUCGGGUCCGUCCUCGGCUUCGUUCUCGGCUUCGUCCUCGGGUCCGUCCUCGGGUCCGUCCUCGGCUUCGUCCUCGGGUCCGUCCUCGGGUCAGUCCUCGGGUCAGUCCUCUUCUUCGUCCUCGGGUCCGUCCUCGGGUCCGUCCUCGGGUCCGUCCUCGGGUCCGUCCUCGGGUCAGUCCUCGGGUCAGUCCUCGGGUCAGUCCUCUUCUUCGUCCUCCGGUCCGUCCUCGGGUCCGUCCUCGGCUUCAUCCUCGGGUCAGUCCUCGGGUCCGUCCUCCGGUCCGUCCUCGGGUCAGUCCUCGGGUCCGUCCUCGGCUUCAUCCUCGGGUCCGUCCUUGGCUUCGUCCUCGGGUCCGUCCUCGGCUUCGUCCUCGGGUCCGUCCUCGGGUCAGUCCUCGGGUCAGUCCUCGGGUCAGUCCUCUUCUUCGUCCUCCGGUCCGUCCUCGGGUCAGUCCUCGGGUCCGUCCUCGGGUCCGUCCUCGGGUCAGUCCUCGGGUCAGUCCUCUUCUUCGUCCUCCGGUCCGUCCUCGGGUCCGUCCUCGGGUCCGUCCUCCGGUCCGUCCUCGGGUCAGUCCUCGGGUCCGUCCUCGGCUUCAUCCUCGGGUCCGUCCUUGGCUUCGUCCUCGGGUCAGUCCUCGGCUCCCUCCUCGGGUCAGUCCUCGGCUUCAUCCUCGGCUUCGUCCUCGGGUCCGUCCUCGGCUUCGUCCUCGGGUCAGUCCUCGGCUUCGUCCUCGGAAUUCCCCAGCUCCUCAGAAAACAACGCCCUGAGGGAAACGCCCUCUGUGCGUCUGGUUCUGGGUUCUGACGAGUUCACAGAUCAGUGGGAACAGGACACGCCUCCUCUCACCACUUCUUCCUCACUGCUGAAGGUGAUCGAGAGGAAGGAGCGAGAGAAGAGCGUGAAAAGCAAGACACAAAUAAACCGUGUGGCGUUUCACUACAGCUCAUGA